AUGGCUAUGAACAACAGCUUCAAUAUGAAUUUUGAUGAAGAAGAGGAUGUUCCCUCCAAUAUUAAUGAUUCUAUUCAUGAUCCUUCAUAUAUGACCUUCCCUGGUCAGGUUCCCAGCUAUGCCUAUAGUGACAUGAUCCCCCAGAACUCGGACCUGCCUCUACAGAGCUUUGAUCGACCAGACCUAGAAGGACGCAUGUCAAAUGUCAUGCUCACAUAUGACCCAGCCUCUGGCGUCUCCAUGCCCAUGAACAUGGACCCCACCCACGCCUAUGCCUACGAUACUUCAACCUACCCACCUACCACCAUGGGAAUGGGGAUUCCACAGUUUCAGUCCACAUACCCACCCUAUCAACCAUCUGUGCCGGUCUAUUCUCAGCCGGCUUCAGCUCCAGCUCCUGCUCCACCUCAUGCUCCAGCUCCAGCGCCUGCUCCCGCUCCAGCCUGUAAGGACCAAUACGAUACAAGCACCGACUCAACUAUCAAUUUUGAGGACUCGGACUUUUCCGGUCGGACUAGUGACCGGUCGCUGGUGCAGGCGCGGGUCCAACGCCGUGUCGAACGGCCACAGCUUGGACCCCGCCCAUCGCAACCAGUGGCGAUUCAGCCCAAGAAGCCCGCUCCCACCCCAGAGGAUCUCUCACCGGGGCUGGAAAAGCCUGCGAUUGGUAAAACUGAACAUACUGGAAUCUAUUCGAGCAGUGGCUUUGAUGUACUGGGGGCGCUGGGUCGCGUGGCUAUGAGGCCAAACCCCAAAAUCAACAUCGGUGCAGUGGAUCUCUCUUGCGCAUUCGUGAUGUGUGAUAUUACGAAAGAGGACCAGCCGAUUAUCUAUGUCUCGGAGGCCUUUGAACGUCUGACAGGCUAUACCAGGGCUGAAAUUAUUGACCGUAAUUGUCGGUUCCUCCAGGGACCCGAUGGCAAGGUAUCUGCUGGCGCAAAACGGACUUUCGUUGAUGGCCAGACUGUGAAUCGACUGCGAUCAACUAUUGACGACCGCAGCGAGAUCCAAGCCAGUAUCAUCAAUUACCGCAAGGGUGGACAGCCGUUCAUGAACCUUAUCACGAUGAUUCCCAUACAGUGGGACUCGGGUGAGUAUAAAUUCUAUGUUGGCUUUCAGGUCGAUCUGGUUGAAAAGCCCGACGCUGUGAGCGGAAGAAAUAAUGAUGGCACCUACAGUGUGAAUUACCAGCGGGACCAGUUACCUCAAUAUAUAGUCCCGCCAGAUGUUUAUUCAUCACGGCCAGAUCUCAUGGCACGAUACGGCCAUGAUGAAGUGACUGCCAUUCUCAAUGCAGCCAGUGCCUCCGGAAAAGAAGUCAACCGGCACUAUCUGGAUCGCAUCUUGGUUGAAAACACUGACGAUGUGAUUCAUGUGCUUUCCUUCAACGGUGAAUUUUUGUACCUUUCUCCUUCUUGUCAAAGGGUUUUGGAGUAUGAGCCGGUUGAGCUUGUCGGCAAGACGCUUUCCACGAUCUGCCAUCCAAGCGAUAUCGGCCCUGUGAUCCGUGAUCUGCGAGCGAGCACAACCACUGCCCCAGUGAGCGUUGUGUAUCGUAUCAGACAAAAGUACAGGGGUUAUAUGUGGUUCGAGAGUCACGGCGCGUGGCACAUUGACCCCCACCAGGGUCGGAAACAUCUGGUCAUGACAGGCCGACCACGACCUGUCUACGCACUCGACCAGAUUGCUCGUCUGGGGUCGUCUGCCGCACUUGCUGAGAAUGACAUUUGGGCCAAAAUAUCCUUAUCUGGUGUGAUUUUGUUCAUCACUAGUAAAGUGAAGCCAGUGCUCGGCCGCUCGCCUGAUGACCUGAUUGGCAAAGGCAUGCAAGAGAUCAUGGAGCCUGACUCUGGUGGCGCUGCUACCAUCACACAAGCCCUAGACGCAGCAUGUCGUGGCCAAGGCGCUGGUUUGGCCACUGUCGGUGGCAGCAGCCAAAAAAUGAGUGAACCUCCUGCGUUCAAGCAUCAGAUGCGGCAUAAGAAAGGUCACAUGCUUGCUGCCCAUACAACCAUAUACACCGGCGACGCUCGGCAAGGGGAUAAGCCUACCUUCCUCGUCGCCCAGAUUCGAUUCGCUCGAUCUUUCCCUCCUUCCACCACUGCUAUCUCAGCGGCCGCAGACGAAAGCCUUGCUACGCUUCCGGGCACAGCACGCACUUCGACCCUUACACUUGACGACCCACUCCCACCUCGUCAAUACGGUGCCCUCGGCCAACAAACCCCCGAUCUAUCUGCCCUUAUAGGUCUCAAUGGUCUACCAUCCGGAAACCGCAGCAUCUCACCGUCCGCGGACCCGGCUACCUUCUUCACCGAGCUCAAUCCCACCCGAGGGUCAAGUUGGCAAAUUGAGCUGCGCGAGCUAGAGAAGCAAAAUCGCACAUUAGGCGAUGAACUCCAGCGCUUGCUGGCUCGCCGCAAGAAGCGCAAGCGCAAGCAAAGUGCUAUCGCGGUUGAGAAGUCGUGCGCCAUGUGCAAGACAAAGAACACGCCCGAGUGGCGGCGUGGACCGAGCGGAAAUCGCGAUCUUUGCAACAGUUGUGGACUGAGGUGGGCAAAGCAACUUCGUGGCCAAGCGCAGGCGCAGGCAGCGGUUUAA